CGAGGACGUCGCGAGUGUUCUCUCCGCGAUCGCGAGUACGUGCUGGUGCUUUCUCACUUCGUACGUUUCGAGCCUGUUCUUCGAACGAAGGUGAUGCCUUUGGUCUGUGCAUAGUGAUCUUACGCUACGAUCGAGUAACAGAGUGAUCCGACUGAAUGCUCAGAGCCUUCUCGGUUACUUCGAGGACAUGAAACUGCGACCACGGGAUGCCACCUUACUGCCGAAAGAACUCGAUCGUUCUCAGGACACAGCUGUCCGUGAGGGUGCACACUAUUAUAGAAAAAUUGCUGAACAGCGAGGGCCGCGAGCUGCGACGAGCUCUCUUCUCCCUCAAGCAGAUCUUUCAGGAGGACAAGGACCUGGUGCACGAGUUCGUGCAAAAUGACGGGCUUGCUUGCCUCAUCAAGGUUGGCAGCGAGGCCGACCAGAAUUAUCAAAAUUACAUACUACGAGCUCUCGGCCAGGUGAUGCUCUACGUGGACGGCAUGAAUGGAGUGAUGGAACACGGUCAGACGGUUCAGUGGUUAUACACGUUAAUAGCCAGCCGCUUCCGUUUAGUGGUGAAGACCGCGUUGAAACUGUUGCUGGUGUUCGUCGAGUACGUGGAGACGAACAGCCUGCUGCUGGUGAGAGCGGUCAGAUCGGUCGAUACGUCCAGGGGUAUGAUACCAUGGACGAACGUGAUGAAGCUGCUGAAGGAUUACGACGCCGCCGACACGGAAUUACUGAUCUACGCGACGACGUUGGUCAACAAGUGUCUGAACGGUAUACCGGACCAGGACACUUAUUACGAUCAGGUGGACUGUUUAGAGGAACAGGGGAUCGAGGGCAUCAUCCAGAGGUACAUGUCGAAACAGGGCACCGAUCUCGAUCUACUCAGGCAGUUCCAGAUCUACGAAGCCGUGUUACACCACGAGGACGGGAACGAUAGGGGCUCGCCUAUUCGUCAGCUGGACGAUAACAUCAGGAAGACGCUACGAAACCGGAAGUCCCUGGUGGAUUCUCACGAACGGCGAAAAUCCCGGCGACACUCGACAGGCACGUCUCCAUUGUCGAUGUCCUUGAACGCGCGUCUAAGUCCACGGCUCAACCACUCGUUGGGUAUAAGCUCUCUGAACAACACGCUAAACUCGAGUUUACCCGAUGACGACGACGAAUCGAGCAGCUCCCAAAGUUCGCAGGGUCAUCUCGGCGAGGUUCAACUGAAUGGCAGUUACAAGGAGAACAAAGUGGACGUUGGCGUGACACCGGCGUUAAGACGUCGAAGGGAACGAGCCGAGAGGCAGAGGAGCUUUAUCAGGGAGCAGCAAGAGGCCACGGCGAAUAUGCGAGCAUCCGUCGUACCCUCGGACGAUCAGGAAAGUCCCUACGCGACGAACGGGCUGCGUUACACGAACGGCACGUCGUACGAAAGGAACGCGGACUCGCCGUCGAAUAAAUUGUCCAGGACGAACAGCAGGAAGGACUUGACGCCGCUGAUGAAUGCCGCGAAUAAGCUCGACUCCGAAGAGAAGAAACCAUGGUACGGCAAGAGUCCCGACGAGGGUGUCGAGUGCGACGAAGGUAAUCACACCGACGAGGAUGAGGAUCGUCGAGUGGUUCUACAACUGAAGAGGGAAGGAACUGUCAAGGAUCUCACACAAAAGCUGGCCGCUCAAAAUCUUAUACCGAGCAGCCCGGUCGAGGAGAAGGUUUCCAGGAUAGGGGAUAUGAGCGGCCUGAUCUCGAAGGCGAAGGAGGGCCUGGCCAAGUCGAAAUCGAAGGCGGACGUGCUGAAGUCGCCGACCGGUGACAGCCUGCCGAAGCUGCAGGAGGCGAAGAAAUCGGAGAACGAGCUUCACUGGGAGGAGCUGGUUAAGAAGCUGAAACGGCCGCUGGAACUUUGCGACCUCGACUUCACCGAUCUGAAUUCCGACGACGAAGUCGACGUACUCGGGCCGGUGAACGUGACCAACGGUAUACCGCCGCCACCGCCGCCGAUGGUGCCGACUACCGGCGGUGUACGAGCACCGCCGCCGCCGCCUUUGGGUGCCAGGCUGCCGCCGCCGAUGCCACAGGCGCCUCCGCCGUUGUUCGGCGUGAAUCUCAAGUUACCGAGAUCGCCGGCCGCCGUCGCCGACUCGGGCAACAUGCCGAAGAGCCCGCCGCCGGCCUUCACCAAGAAGAGCAAAAAGACGGUGAAGCUGUUCUGGAAGGAGGUCAGGGAUGAUCCCAUCAUACUGUCGAGGCUCGACAAAAACAAGAUGAUAUGGGACGAGCUGUCGCCGGUACCUGUUGACACGCAGAAGCUCGAGCACCUGUUCGAGAGCCGCGCCAAGGAUCUCAUCACGAAGGAGAAGCAGCAAGAGAUGAACAAGAACAAGGAGAUCAUCGUGCUGGACCAUAAACGAUCGAACGCUAUCAACAUCGGGAUGACCAAGUUGCCUCCACCGAGAUCUAUCAAGACGGCCAUCUUGAAAAUGGACGCAACCAUUAUGAACAGAGAGGGUAUCGAGAAACUAUUGACGAUGCUGCCAACCGAGGAGGAGAGGUCCAGGAUACAAGAGGCGCAGGCCGCCAAUCCUGACCUACCUUUGGGAUCGGCCGAGCAGUUUCUUCUAACUUUGGCCUCCAUCUCGGAGUUGCCCGCCAGGCUGAAACUUUGGGCGUUCAAGUUGGACUUUGAGAAUUCAGAGAAGGAAAUUGCGGACCCUUUGAUGGAUCUGAAGCAGGGAAUGGAGACCCUGCGAGUGAAUAAAACGUUCCGCGGGAUUCUGAGCACGCUCCUUUCGAUCGGGAUAUUCCUCAACGGAAAUGAGGUGAAGGGCUUUCAACUGGAAUACCUCGCCAAAGUACCUGAAGUGAAGGAUACGGUUCACAAGCACUCGCUGCUUCAUCACCUUUGCCACAUGGUGAUGGAGAAGUUUCCGGACUCCACGGAUCUCUAUUCGGAGAUCGGCGCGGUAACGAGAGCAUCGAAAAUCGACUUCGACGAGCUCGCGGCGAACAUCGGGAAAUUGGAGAGCGAGUGCAAGGCAUCCUGGGACCACCUGAAGCUCAUUGCGAAACACGAUGGCUCCACGAUGAUGAAAGUCAAAAUGUCCGACUUCUUGGCGGACUGCGCCGAGAGGAUAAUCGUGCUGGGCAUCGUGCACAGGCGGAUCAUAAAUCGAUUCCACAAAUUCAUCCUCUGGCUGGGUAUACCGCUGCACAGGGUGCAAGACACGAAGCCGAACGAAUUCUGCCGGAUCGUGUCCGAGUUCGCGCUCGAGUACCGAACCACGCGGGAACGGGUGAUACAGCAGCUGGAGAAAAAAGCCAAUCACCGCGAAAGAAAUAAGACCAGGGGAAAGAUGAUCACAGAGGUUGGCAAAUUCCGGACGAAGGAGGAUCGCGCGGACGCGGAGCUCAGGCAACUGCUCGGAAGCGAUAUCUCCGACGUCGAGAGUAUUCACGGCACUCUGCCAUGGAGGAGACAGAGGAAAGAUGGUCGGACGUCGCUGGGCCCGUUGCUUCGGGACGAGAACACCAACGGGAACCUGACCGACGGUGACGACGAGUUGCUGGAAUCGUUGGUGAAGACAGCGACGAAGACACCGGCAACGAGAACGACGCCAAGGGAGCGCAAGAGGACCAGACACGCCGAUCGUAAGUCUUUGCGUAGAACGCUGAAGAACGGCCUCUCGGAAGAGGAGAAGAAACACAUCGCCACCUACAUCAAGGGCUACUGACUGUGAUAAAACGCGAAAACCCUGUAGCUCGUCCGCGAGACGGAAGAAUGGACAAUAGCACGAUCAUCGGACGUUGAUCACCAGGCCAGGACAUUGCGAUUUCACGAAACCACGACGAAACUCAGAGGAAAUACAAAACCAUCCCUGGAGGAAUCGCACGCACCAAGGUUACACGUUAAAAGAAUUUUAUAUAUAUGUAUAUAUAUAUAUAUAUAUACAUAUACAUUUCGAUCGAAUUUUCUGUACGCGCGUUGGCAGAAAGUUAUCGUUUUUAUCAAAUUCAUCGCCGAAGAUGAAACUCGAGGCCUUCUAAUUUUAUUUUCUCACCGUGCUGUCUAACCUGUCGUUCGUGCUUGCCGAAUUCAGAUCAGAUGGUACAUUUGAGCGGAUUGCAUGAAUCUGAAUGUGUGAAGUUACAGGCAAUAAAUUUCGUAGACUUGAUCAAAUAUUCUGAUCAAUAUUUAGUGAGGUCAGAUUUGGUUAAUUUAAUGGGUAUUUGAGUGUGUCGAGGGGUGAAAGAUGAUACGUAAAAAUAGGAGAUUCUCUGUCAGAGAUCGUAAUGCGAAACGAAUCUGAUAGUUCUUUGAAUGAAAAAUUGAUAUUGAAAAGAAAGUUUAACGUAGGAAUAGGAGUUUAAAUAGACGUAUAAAGGGGAUAUAAAUCGGAAGAAGUUUUCCAGUUAAUCUUCGAUAAAGAUUAGUCGUCCGGUAAAGGACUAAUUUUUAUACAAAUUCUGUAUCGAAUCUGUAUGAAUCGAGAUUGAUCCGACUUUGCAUACGAAUAUUUGCAUCCCGAGAAAAUUUUUAAUCACAGAACCUAUAAUAAAAGCGUGGCUUAAAUUCUCUGCUCGUCUAUACUGGAAAUGUUAAUCUUAAUGCGUGAAUUAUUCUUGACGUAUUUUUGAUAAGAUAUACACAUACUAAUAUACAAAAUAUUUUGAGACGUUAAGGACCAAUAAAUAAGUAACAAAGUGAAAUAUGCACGAUGAAAAGUAAGUAACGUAAAAAACGUUUCAAGUAAUAUCAACACCAAAUGCCAGUAGAAAGAAGUAAUAAAUAAAAGAGCUUAGGAUAGAUUUCAACAAAUUUCUAAAAAUUGAUUAAUGAAAUAAGUAAGUUUCCGAGCGAUUAGAUGGAUAAUCACGUAGAUUAAAUGCCGAGAGAUAUUUUUACGCAUUUGUAUUUAUGCACUGUUUGUCAAAAAUGAUCGAUGAAAGCGCAAGGGAAAAGGAAACAGGUUGGGACGAUCAGUCAGGCUCGUAUUGCUGUUGGCUUGCAACCAACGAAGACGACGUGCUUUACAGGUCAGCGUUUCGCGUAUCAAACAAAUGCGACAACUUCUGAAACUUACUUUCUCUGUCUUCUUCUUA